AAAUUUGUGACAGCGCUCCGCUGUGUUUGCGUGCUUGUUUCUUUGUAAUUUGUAUUGGAUUUCUGUGAUUGCUUUGUUCUGCGUUGUGACAUUCAUUCCAAGAAAAAUUUUGUAAGGUUUUAUGUGAGAAUGGAUUACCGAACAGCGUUGCGAAUGCAACGUAAUCUGUACAUUAACGUCUACAUGUAUGCAAGCUGGAUAUUUGUUAUUGGGAUUUUCCUCUUUAUGAGGGUUAACAUGCUUGGACAUCUUACAAAAUACUUGGCAAUGACUGUGUUUGCUUUGGUGGCAGCUAUUGAGGGAGCUAGACUCUACUUUGGUUACUUUGGCAAUGUAUCUUGCAGGGUUCCGGAAAUGGCUGGAUUCGUAAUGCUGACCGCUAUGAUGCAGCUUCCUCUUAUUAGUUUCUUUUUAUUUAAUCCUUAUCUACUAAGUACGCCAAUGGAAAUAACCUUGCAUGCCCUUUUAUGGUUCAUGAAUUGUGUAGAAAUUGUUCUAGGAUUUUUGGCUUUGAAGCAGGCGUCUUCAUUUGCGAAGAGUGUUUAUUUGUCCCACCCCAAAAGAUAAGUGAGAUGAAAUGAUGUUUAAGUUAUUCCGUUAUAAUAAGUAUUUAAUUUUUACCUAAUAUCUGAUGAUCUCGUAUUUAUGUAGAAUAUGUAAGUAGAUUAGGCAAUAUUGCCAAAUAAACUAGUCA